UUGUAUGACGCCAACACUAGCUCUGCAGAAACCAUAAGCUGUAUGCAGAUUACGGAGUUGCAGACAAACGUUAGAAUUCAGAGAACACCUUUCAGGGUCCAGAGUCCAGACCAUCUGCAUCCAUCCAUGCACGCGGGGGCAAGCAUGCCCACCCAGCCAAAUCUCCAAAGCUACCCGAAGAAAAAGCACCCACCCUACCACGCUUUUGCGUCAUUGCCGACCCCAAACCAAACCUUCCUGUGCUCCUUCCAUGUCCCAGCCGCUGCCCCUUUCUCUCUCCUCUCUCUCGCCCCCACUGGGCCUGAUGAUUCUGUUGCAAAGGCUGCACUGCCGAACCGCCAUCAAUGGCCGUGUUUCACCUUUCCUUCCCCGUGCCGUGCCCUCAGAAAAAGAUUCCCCGGCGUCUCUCCACUGAUGCAGGUUCAUCAUGCAGAAACCUCCAGCUAUCCGUCUCGCUUUCUUUUCCAAAGUGGACCACUGGAGCCUGGCGCCCUGGCCGGCCUGUAUCACUGACUUCCACUGUAAUGCGUCUGGACCCUCCCUCAGCCUCUCUCUCUUUCAUCCAUAACGACAUGGCACCUUUGCACCACGCUGCCCCUACUAGUACCUCUUGAACCACUUUGGUGGCCUAAUCCGGUGGCGCCUGAGCUUUGCAUUUGGAGUUGCAGGCACUGGCGCACUGCAUCGUUUAGUUCUUGUUCCUGAGCAGUUGAGCUGCACACGCCAACUUCUUGUGCACAAGUUCUUGGCAUUGCAUUGCAGCUCAUGCCAUGUGAGUAGCUGACCAGAGCUCAGUCAGCCACUAGAAGCUGCACGCCACCAACGCUAGAUCUCUCGAGAUUCGGCGAUGGAGCAGUCCUCCUGCUACUUCCCUCUGCGGUGGGAGAGCACCGGCGACCAGUGGUGGUACGCGUCGCCGAUCGACUGGGCGGCGGCCGACGGCCACUACGACAUCGUCCGCCAGCUGCUGCACCUCGACCCCAACCUGCUCAUCAAGCUCACCUCCCUCCGCCGGAUCCGCCGCCUCGAGGCGCUGUGGGACGACGACGCCCGCUUCGCCGACGCGGCCAGGCACCGCGCGUCCGUCGCGCGGAGCCUGCUGCUGGAGUGCGAGUGCAGGAACCACCGCCCCGCCGGCGGAGGCGAGAACACGCUGCUCCGGGCCGGGUACGGCGGGUGGGUGCUGUACACGGCGGCGUCGGCCGGGGACGUGGCGUUCGUGCAAGAGCUGCUGGACAGGGACCCGCUGCUCGUCUUCGGCGAGGGCGAGUACGGCGUCACGGACAUGUUCUAUGCUGCGGCGAGGGGCGGGAGCGCCGACGUGUUCAGGCUGCUGUUCGACCACGCCAUGUCGCCGAGGUGCUCGACGAAUUGCCGGGACGGGGAAGGCGGCGCCGGGCGCGGUUCCGUGUUCCGGCUGGAGAUGAUGAGCCGGGCCGUCCAUGCCGCGGCGAGAGGCGGGAGCGUGGAGAUGCUGAGGGAGCUGCUCGAGGAGGGGCGCUCGGGCGUGUCCGUGUACCUCGACGUCCGUGGAUCCACCGUGCUGCAUGCUGCUGCUGGGAGAGGCCAGCUGCAGGUUGUCAAGUACCUUCUGACCUCUUUCGACAUAAUCAAUUCAACUGAUAAUCACGGGAACACAGCAUUACAUGUAGCAGCCUAUCGAGGGCACCAACCUGUUGUCGAAGCAUUGGUUGCUGCAUCUCCAUCAACUUUGUCAGCUGUCAACCAUGCUGGUGAUACAUUUCUUCAUUCAGCAGUUGCGGGAUUUAGGACCCCAGGAUUCCGACGGCUUGACCGCCAAAUGGAGCUGAUGAGAUACCUCAUAAGCGAAAGAAAAACAGAUAUGCAGAAGAUCAUCAACUUGAAAAACGACGCGGGCCUUACUGCCCUACACCUGGCUGUGGUUGGCUGCGCACACCCAGACCUCGUCGAGCUCUUGAUGACCACCCCAUCGAUCGACCUCAAUGCUGAAGACGCUAAUGGCAUGACUGCGUUGGCAUUGCUGAAGCAGCAGCUGCGUUCAGCGACAUCUGACCGCCUCAUCAAGCAGAUAGUCUCUGCCGGAGGAGUCUUGAAUUCCAGCAUUCUGAGAACCCGGUCAGCCAUUGCAUCCCAGAUUAAGAUGCAAGGGGGAAUUGCAAGCAGUCCCGGUACCACCUUCAAGGUAUCAGAUGCAGAGAUCUUCUUGUUCUCGGGUAUUGGAGCUGCAGAGUCACAAAGGCCAAGCUCGUGCUCCAGCAAUGGCAAGGAUGACCCUGCUCAGGCAGAUGCAAACGGCGCAGAAAACCAUGGAUCAACAGAGAAGAGACUGAGCUCCGCGAGCCGUGCCAAGGACCGUCUCAAGAUGAUGCUGAAAUGGCCUCGGAACAAGGAGAAGAUGUCCAAGGCGCUGAAGAAAUCAGAGGACAGCAGCCCGCUGGACUCCAUCAAGAAGCUGGGCGAGCACGGCGUCGAGACCCCCGCGCCCCUGAGGCAGAAGUUCACCAAGACGACGGCGCUCAACGGCAAGCGGACUCUGGCGGUGAAGAGCUCCACCCCGGGCUCCUCGGCCACCAAGAAGAAGCUCAACACGAAGCUGAUCCACGGUAUCAUGGAGGCGAUGCCGCAGCUGGCGCCGCCACCCGCACGGACCCGGUCCCCGAGCGACACCUUCCCGAGGUCGUCUAUGUCGUCCACCCCGACGCCGCUGGCGAAGCUGAAGGACAUCUGCCUGGACGACGACGAGAUCGCCGUGGUGGCGCCGCCCGUCGGCAGGCUGAAGGACAUCGUCCUGGACAGCGACGACACCACGGAGGACCCGUCGUGCUCCAACUCGUCCAUGGACGACGGCUGCGGCGGCACGGCAGAGAGCGCGGCCCGGAAGCAGCACGGGUGCGGCAACGGGAGGCUGAUCAACAUCUGCUUCGGCGCGCAGGGCCUCACCGUGGAGGACACGGUGAGCGGGCAGCCGACGAGCAAGAUGUUCAAGCAGCAAUGCCUCAGGGUGUCAUGAUUGGUUGGUUCUUCCUUGAGCUCCAAUAGCGUGCGUGUGAAUCGUGUGAUUGGAUUGACAUCUCUAGAGUGUACCAAGGCGUGUUUGGUUUCUGUUUGUGCUGCCUUGCAUUACUACUGGUGAUAAUGUAAAUUUGUGAUGAAGUAAUGCAUUCGCAGCUGGUUUCUAGUUCA